GUGUGUGUGUGUGUGUGUGUGUGUGUGUAUGUGUGUAUGAGAGAGAGAGAGGAGACCAGAGCACCACUCUGGUGCUCUGAAGAUUAAACUGGGAGUCUUAGGUAUGUAAACCCUGUGCUCGGCCAACUGAGCUAUUUCCCAGGUCACCAAAUCUUCACUUUGUAUGUGGAUCAAACAGUAAUCUAGGAUCACUUGGAAAGAAAGAAAAAAAAAAAACUAAGUCCUAAAUAAUAAAACCUUCUCAUUCUGUGAGGGUGGAAUCCUCUGACCUAGCUCUCUCCCUUCAUGGACAAGUGUGCAGCAAACUCUAAAAAUUUGAUAAAUAAUGUAUCUCCAAAAAGUCAGGUUUAUUAGCCACAACAAUUUGAUUUUCCUGAAAAUCUGCCAGCCAGAAAAUUCUUGCUUUUCUCCACUUUCAUUGCUGCCUCUGAACCAGCUCUCCCCAUAGCAACUGACAACUCUGAGCUGAGCUGAACUGAAGUAAUCCGCUGAGCUCCCAGUGCACAGCCCAGGAAUCUUAAAAACAGAGGACCUUAUUACCACGAAAUACUCUCUGAGAUUUCAAAGGCUGCAGUGUUCCAGAGAAAUAGUCAUUUUUCUUUCUCCUGAAGUUGAAUGACAAGACCUGUCCUGCAUCCUGGUCCUGUGACUUAUCCCAUCCCAAGAUAAGCAGAAAUUCCUCUAGUUACAAGUUAAUGCUGUGAACACCAACCCUUCCAUCUCCAUCAAGACAAGAUCUGAGGUCAAGACAAAGUGGAAAUGUGUUUGUGGACCAAACUUUCCAUGUUCUGGGUGCUACUAUUCCUUCUCCACUUGGUUCCCUCGGCUGAGACAGAAAAUCGCUCUACCCAGGGCAACAGAGGCCCUUGGAAUCCAGACCAAGUGGUUGAAGUACUAGGGCUUCUCUCUGCUGGGAACCACUCGAGAAACCUCAUCAGGACGUUGUUGGAGAAAGCCGGGUGUCCAAGGAAGAGAAGCACAACGCAAGGAGAUUGUAAUCUGUGCUUUGAACCGGAUGCUCUGUUAUUAAUAGCAGGAGGAGAUUUCGAAGAGCAACUCAGAGAGGAAGUAGUCCAGAGAGCUUCUCUCCUCCUGCUCUACUACAUUAUUCAUCAGGAAGAAAUCUGCUCUUCAAAGCUCAACAUGAGUAAUAAAGACUAUAAAUUUUACCUACACAGCCUUCUCAGACUCAGGCCGAAUGAGGAUUCCUACUUCCUUUCCCAGAAUGAGACAGAAGAUAUCUUGGCUUUCACCAGGAGGCACUUCGAUACCUAUAGAAGUCAGUGUAUGGAAACCAAAAUGUUGCAGGAACUGUCUGGAAUACUGAAUAGAGAGGGUGCUGACGAAGAUACACUUCCUCGCUUGGCGGCAACAAUCAUUGCUCUGUCUCUCCAAGGUGUUUGUCUAGGAAAGAAGAACUUGCUUUCCCCAGAAUUUUUCAUGGAAUAUAUUUUCAGUUCCUUAAAUAGUACAAAUGUUCUCCACCUAUCGGAACUAGAACUACUUCUUCAUACUCUCUGGACCAGAAAUUCCUGUAUUAGGAAGUAUAAUAUCCACCAACUUCAGAGGAAGCAAAGCAACAUUAGCAUUCAUGAUAAGGGCUACCCUAAUCGAGCUGAAUUCAUGGACACAGUGUCAGAUAGUGGCACAAAUUCCUGGCAUCAGACAUGUUUCUCUGCUAAGCAGCUGGUGGAGAUAUAUCUGCAGAAUAGCCUCUCGCCCAUUUCUAAGGAAGACUUUAAGCAAAUGAGUCCAGCCAUCAUCCAGCAGCUGCUCAGCUGCCCUUGUCACCUACCCCAGGACCAACAGGCAAAACUGCCACCCAGCACCCUGGAGAAAUACGGCUAUAGCACAGUGGCCGUGAUUUUGCUCACGAUGGGCUCCAUGCUCGGGACCACACUCAUCCUUUUCCACAGCUGUGAGGAGAACUACAGGCUUAUCUUACAGCUGUUUGUGGGCCUCGCCGUAGGGACACUUUCUGGGGAUGCUCUCCUUCACCUCAUCCCUCAGAUUCUUGGUUUACAUAAGCAAGAGGCUUCAGAGUUUGAACACUUCCAUGAAAAUAAAAACCACAUUUGGAAACUCUUGGGAUUAAUUGGAGGAAUUUAUGGAUUUUUCUUAAUAGAAAAAUGUUUUCUUCUUCUUGUAUCACCACACGCUGAGCAGAGUAUGCGAUUGGCUAAUGGUCAUGUGGGACACCCCCAUCAUCUUGUGCUCAACUCUGAAUCAAGUGACCAGACAGAAAGAGGAAAAUCUGCAUCAACUAUCCAGUUGAAAGGCCCAGAAGAUUUACAGGCAGCUGAAAUCCAUAUAUGCAGCAUGACAGCCUCCAGCAGAAAAUGCAAAACCAUUAGCUUGUUGGCAAUUAUGGUUCUGGUUGGGGACAGCCUGCAUAAUUUUGCAGAUGGCUUAGUGAUCGGAACAGCCUUCUCAUCUUCCUCAGAAUCAGGAGUGACCACAACAAUUUCAAUCUUGUGUCAUGAAAUCCCACACGAAAUGGGAGACUUUGCUGUGCUCUUAAGCUCCGGACUUCCUGUCAACAGUGCCAUCCUGAUGAAUUUCAUGAGUGCUCUGACUGCCUUCCUGGGCCUGUACAUUGGCCUUUCAGUGUCAACUGAACCAUACGUUCAAAACUGGAUCUUAACAGUCACUGCUGGGAUGUUCUUAUAUUUAUCCUUGGUGGAAAUGCUUCCUGAAAUGACUCAUAUUCAAACACGGCGGCCCUGGUUGAUGUUUGUCCUGCAAAACUUUGGACUGAUCGUAGGUUGGCUUUCUCUCUUACUCUUAGCUAUAUAUGAACAAAAGAUUACAAUUUAAGUUGAGCCUCAAAAUCCCAUCAAAAAUUAACUUCUAUGUGGCCUCAUUUUAUUUUCCUUUGUUUUACUCUGUGGUGAUUUCUAAGUUAUUAUUUAUCUUAGGCAAAGCUUAUGUCUGUUAGCUUAUUAAUUUAUAAUUUGACAGUGUAAUUCUGCUCUUGCAAUAUGGAAGUUCCAGGUUGUCCUUAACUGAAAACUCUUUUUAAUCUCCAACACUAUCAUUGGAACUAGGGCUUUUUAAAAGUAAUGACUAAUUUCUAAAUUGUUUCUUUUUUUAAUUAAAAACUUUAAAAUUUUAGUAGUGAUUUAAUGUUAAUUUACAAAAUCAAUAUUAAAUUAUACCCUCUUAACAGGGGUAUAAUUCCAUACCAUUCCCACUGAAUUAUUUCUACUCUACAAAAAUUUUUAAAAAUUGCUGUUUCCCUUAAUAAAGAAUAUUUGUAGUCUUAGAAGUAGAAGUCUAAGAAGUGGAAGUCUAGUCUAAAAAUCUACUGCAACUUCUUUCAUGUCAAUAGUGUAUUUUUUUUUCUGUAAGACUAUAAACCAUAAGUAAACCUAAC